UCUGUUAGUUGGAAUAUGGACCAACAUUUGGUCCAAUGCAGCUAUGCGCCCAUCCACACUGAGGCUCCUCUGUCUCCGCUGCGCCUCUCGCUUUAUUAAAUCCAACCGGAGGCGGCUGACGGUCGGUCGGUCGGUCGGACAGGCGGACGUGCGUCUGGACUGUGAUGGGAUGUGAAUGUGUGAGAAUUUGCUUUUUUUAUUGCCCGCUGUAGAAGCCAAGAGUCGGUCCCUAGCGACGGUCACCGUAGCCUGUUGUGAUUAAGGGCAGCACGGGCAAGGUGUCACAGUUUGGACCAACAUGCCCUUUGGUCUGGCAGCAGGACAGGAAGUGUGUGUGUGAGCGCCCCUGGUUGGCUCUGCUGGGAUGAACAUGCCACUGCACCAAAUCUCUGUCAUCCCCCGUGAUGUCACUUCAUCACGGGUGUCGGGCAAUGGGAAAGCUAAGGACAAGGACAAGGACAAGGACAAGCAGAAUGAAAAGCCUCUGGGUCAUUCUGCAAGCAGGUCCAGCAAUAUAUCAAAGGCAGGGAGCCCGACCUCAGUCAACGCUCCAUGCAGUUUCUCCAGGUCGUCGGUUUCCCCUUCCAGCCAGGACAUCUGCAGUCAGGAUCAGGACGGUCAGAAGCAGACUACAGUGGUUCUGUUGAAUGCAAACGGUAAAAGCUGUCAAGGUUCAGGAGGUAUUUCAGUGACCACCAUCUGCACAGACGCCCUACAGGCCUCCAAACAUGCCAAACAACGAGACUGGCUCUCCCUGCUCCGCCCCUCCUCUGUCAACAUCCGCCCCAGCAGCCCGCUCAGGUUUUCUGUGUCUCUGAACGAUGUGGGCCAACGCGUGGACAGUCUUUGUCGAGGUUUGCACUUCAUAGACCGCACAUGCUCGGAGGGAGAGCUGGAGCUGAAGCCGGAGCCGGAGCCCGCUCAAUCACCUUCGGAUCGAAGGGCGCACACACUCAAUGGCAAACUGGCUGCAGCACCCACACACCAAAACCCAAAUCCCGUCUUCUCAACAUGCAUCCAUCCCCACCUAGUCCCCUCCUUCACCAACAACUACAAAUACAUGUUAGGCCCCUCUCCCCCCAAUUGUCUCCUACCUGACCCGGCCAUCAUCGCCCCUCCUCCUCCUCCUCUUACCAACACACACCUCCACCCUCAUCCCUCUCCGAACGCCAACUUCCUCCGUCUCCUCCUCCCCUUCUCUCGAUCCUCUACCUCGGCCAGCCUGCAGUGCUCUGAGAUGGGCAGCUAUGCCUCUCACCUCCACAUCAAGUCUUCUAGCGCCGUGCUCGAUGGCAGUGAGGCAGGGUUUCCCGUCGAGGAACUACUGGGAGAUGACGAUGUGUUUGAGGAAGACUCGCCCAAUCCAGCUCCAGUGGGACGGAGCCAGCUGACCACCCCAGAUAAAGUCACUGAGGCUGGGACAGGUGCUCUUCUAGCCCCUCUGUGCUUUAUGGAUGAGGACAGUGACUUGGACUGCUGCCCGUCCCCUUUGUCAGAGAAAACUGGGCCACUAUCACCCUAUUCACUUUCUGGAGACUGGUGCAGGAUUUGUCACUGUGAAGGGGAUGACGAGAGUCCUCUGAUCACACCAUGCCACUGCACGGGGAGCCUGCGCUUCGUCCACCAGGCCUGUCUACAGCAGUGGAUCAAGAGCUCCGACACUCGCUGCUGUGAGCUCUGUAAAUAUGAGUUCAUCAUGGAGACCAAGCUCAAACCGCUGCGCAAGUGGGAGAAGCUACAGAUGACAGCGAGCGAGAGAAGGAAGAUCAUGUGUUCGGUCACCUUCCAUGUCAUCGCCAUCACCUGCGUGGUGUGGUCGCUCUACGUCCUCAUCGACAGGACAGCGGAGGAAAUCAAACAAGCCGGAAGAAUCCCAGGGAUCCUGGAAUGGCCUUUCUGGACCAAGCUGGUGGUGGUGGCCAUCGGCUUCACGGGUGGACUGGUGUUUAUGUACGUCCAGUGCAAAGUCUACAUCCAUCUAUGGAGGAGACUCAAGGCUUACAACCGGGUCAUAUACGUCCAGAACCGUCCAGACACAUGUAAAAAGCUGGCGCUGGAGAAGCCGCCUCUCAUGGAGCCCAGUCUGGAGAGCAAGGAGGCUCUGGCGCCGAACCAGUCGGACACAAACUCGUCCCAGUACACAGAGACAGAGGACUACAGUAUGGAGGUGCUCCAUGUCUGACCACUCAGUCCAUUGGUUGUAUGCUACACACACAAACAGGCCCACAGUGAAGAGCAGCCGUCAUGGAAAUGAUUGGUGACUGAGGAAAGACCACACACUCCCCUUCCUUCCUCUGAUCCCAGACUGUCCCUCUGUCCUCUUCUGGUCGACUUAUAUUCACAAAUCAAAGACGGACAGACUAUCUUAUUCUUUCCUAUUGGACCCUAUCCCUCCCUCCUACCUGAACCCUCUAUCCACAUUCCCGCCUCUUUCCUUUCCAUGGACCGGACUGUUUUUAUUGACUUCUGUAAAUGUCUGAAGAGGCCUGGAGCAUACCACUUUACACACACACACACACGCACGCACAUGCACGCACACACACACACAAACGCACAUGCACACACACACACACACACACACACACACACACUUGUGCACCUCUGGGAGAGCAGGACUGAGACAAAAAGACUCACAAACGGCUCCAGAGGAAACGUCUCUGAUGCGUGGUUUCUUUGCUUGUGGGUUUGUUAGAUUUUUUUGGUUUUACCUCUUGUGGGCUAACCUGCCGUGGAUCAGUAUGUAGCGCCGCACAUCGGAUCUCUGGAACAUUCCAGCUACUGCCAUCUCUGUUGCUGCGGUCCGUCAGCUCCGAGCUGGUCUGCAUCCGAUCAGGCCUUGAUCUGGACAUGCAUCGAAGCACUUUUGUUUUUUAGUUCCCACAACAAAUCCCCUCCCCUCCUUUUGCUCCUGUUUUCUCUUUAAUAUGAAUUAAGUCUUACUGUAUAUGUUGUACGUUCGGGAGCGCACAUUCGAACUCCUGUUUUAUUUGACAUUUCCUCAAACACACCUAUACAUACAUGUUAACCCUCCCAUGGAUGACAAAAAAGGAAAAGGGGGUUAACAAAUGGAACCAUGCUGAAAGAAACAUUUGAGUGUUUUAGUCAAAAAUAGACAAAAUGAGUUUUGAAUAUGACGUCAGGCUCAAAGCUCUAAAUGCAGAUCAUGGAAAAUCCAGCCACAUGACUUCUUCUCUACCCCAAUAUGAACUUUCUGAAGGCUUUGAGAAUGUAAACUUUUUUUAAAAAAUGAUUAAAAAAAAUAAAGAAAAUGUAUAAAGAAAAAAGAAAAACAACAUUUUUUACUGGUCACAGGAAAUUGCAAGAUAAUUUCCGUGUCUUGAGAACAUUACGAGAGCCUUUGGGCAUAAACAGCGUCACUCGUGUUUUUCUAUCAUGCGAAUGACACAGUAUUUACAGUGUGAUAUUCCAUGUGCAGUUUUUAAUAUGUUGAUUUGUUUACUUAGUCACGGGAUGCGCCCUGAGAAAUCCACAGCUGCCUUUUUUCAGUCUGUCCGCUGGUUCCUCCCACUGUGCAGCAAUGCAUCCACUCACCCUCAAGAGAUAGUUUUGAUUAAAAAGCAGGCAGACUGUAAGUGUGUGCAUUUGAAUUUGACUGCUCUAAAUAAGCUUUCAGGACCCGCAAAUUUAUAAUCCAUCCCGUCAGUGUUGUUAUCCUCACACAGAGUAUAAGAUCUGAUGUUUGGUUGUGACGCAUAGGAUCAUUACGGAGCGUUCCAGACGAGCAGAAGUCUCAGUUUCACAGUGAAAGUGUCUUGUUUCUUCUUGCCAGACUCUCCUCACAUGGUGGAGCGUCUAUUUUAGUGUUUAAUCACAAGACAGCCAGCAUGUUGCCUCCCAUUUGAUUGAGUGUUUUUUUCACAUCUGGCUCAAAUGAGACAAUUUGUUUCAACACUUUAAUUUCUUAUUCAUUUUUUAAAGGAAGCACAGCUGGAAUACUCAGCAUUUAUGAUUUUUUUUAUGAGUGACUUAGGGUCAUCAAUUUCCUUUUUUUUUCUUUUUUUUUUUUUUUUUAAAUAAAGGCAAUGCAUCCAUACAUUUGCAGCCUGUGACAGAUGCACUCAGUGGCCAAUUUAUUAGGUACACCUAUAUAAUUGUAUACAAUCCAUUGCAGGUCUUCAGCCUUAAAGGUUAUGAUGCCCUUAAUGUUUAUUUCAAUUAUAUGUUUAGCAUUGAGAUAAUAGUAGUGUUGUUGUACCAGACUGCAUUGUACUGAGGUGUUUCUAAUAUUAUCGUAAAUAUAAUACAAUAUCCUGCCCCUUAUGUGUAUAAAUAGGGAGGACAAAAAAAUAGAAACGGCACAACACCACUGCAAACUACAACCUCAAUAAGAAACGUAUAAUUGAAUUGACGCAUUCUUGGCAAUGUCAAUAAAAUAUAAACAUUAUAAGCUAUGUUAACGUAGAAUUUACGGCAGAGCUGUUGCAUUGUAUAGGUAAACUUCAUAAGGUCACUGAGUUUACAUCCAGUAUGCAUCAUGUCUCAUUGAUAAGCUGACUGCAGCGCCGCCUGCUGGUGAGAAGCUGGCGGUCCAGUGUGACGUCGGCAGCAGUUGAUUUCUCAGGGCGAUGUGUUUUUGGGGGCUUACAGUCAUUGUAAGUGCUUUUGUGUACGUGGAAGCACAGCGAUGCUAGGCUCAUGUUGAGCCUCACAGCCAUUCCAGCAACACACACACACACACACACAUUUUUAAAAAAAACCUGUCUUUGAUACCAGUGUACUGUCUGUGAACGAUGAUGGUCCAACAACAUAUGUGACAAUUCCUGCUCAGCAGCAAUAAUAAAUGAAAUCUGCGCUUUGUUUUUUGCAACAAUUCAUACUAUACUUGUGUAUAAGCCCCACGGUGACUUGAGAUCUGGAGUCUAAUAUAAUUUUAAUACAUAAUAUGAGCCGAGGGAGAUGUUAUGUGUCAAGUUGGAUUAAGACCUAGUAAAGAGGAGCUUCUCUGAAACUUGGAUACCCGCGAGGCUCCGUGCAAUUAGACAGAUAAAAAGUGCAAUUACCCUUUUGUUGUUAUUCUAUUCUAUAGUUAUGUAAUGGUGUUUAAUGUCCAGGAUGUCCUCUGGGUAUAAGAUGAUUAUUUCUUCAUUUUGUGUUGUAUUUAUUUUUAAAAGAAAACAGAGUACAAUUUGUUCAUUUAAAAAAAAAAAAAACCCUUUCAUUAGUAAUUUUAUGCGACUGACACUUGUUUUUCCCAGGCAUAUACACAAGAGCAUUACUUUCACUCUUUUUUUGCACUUCAGAUAUUAGAGUUGUACAAAGCUUGGCUGCUCCACCUUUAUGUCUCGCUUUUUAAACUGCUUAAUGAAUUUUGCUUUAAACAUGCAUUUAAUCACAGCAUUACAUUUAAAAAAGUUGGUUUUCACAUAAAAACAUUGAAAAAUAUUUAGACAGGUGUAAGGUCGAAGAUUUAAGAUGUGGAUUGUGCUUCUUUUUUUUUUUUUUAACUUUCUACUCAUAGGAGCUGGCUCCUUUCAUGAAGUUUCGAGGCCACUUUAGGACGUUUUUACAAGCAGGCAUGUUCCUCUCUGAGAGCAGAUUCUCUUUCCUUUCGUCCAGCAUCAUGAACUGAUUUCUGCAUUUUAUAAUCCAUUUGGGCAGCAAAUCGGCUGAGAAGGAAAUGUCCUUUCUCAGCCUGGCUGUUCUGGGAUUUUAGGUUUGUUUUUCUGUCUGUCUGUCGUUCACAUUUGAUCAUGUCUGGGAAAAGUGUAACUUGCAUAAAGCUACGUUUGUUUACUACUGACUGGACUUGAACAUAUAUGACUGUUCCCCUGUCUUAUGAUAUCAUUCCACAAGUUUGUCUGUGAAUUUACUUUGGAAUAGUAACUGUAAAGAAUUUGGUAAAAGUACUUAUGUUUUUAAAAGAAAUAUUGAUGUGUUUUCAGUUUAAUUUCCCAUUAUUGAACAAAGUAUGUAGAAUUAAAAAGAACAACCAAAUAAAAAUUAAGUUACUUUUAA